UCAGUCGCAGCACGAGACAGCAGUGCGGUCGAAAUUUCGGACCGAACCUGCUGCUUAGUGUUUGAUGAAUAUCACGCGUUCAUGCCUCCGCGGCGCACCAGCUCGAUGAAGUGUGCUGUCCCCGAUGGCCAAACGCAGACAGCUCUAUCUGGGUGUACUGUCGCUGCUGCUCUUCCUGCUAGUGCUCAUCUUUAGCCUUAACUUCUAUCUCGUAAAUUGGCUCGCCGCUCACGAACGACCCCGGCAUGAUCUCGAUCGCGAGCCCAUCCAAAGUGUGACGGCGAGUUCACUAGCAGCACCGCUUGCGUAUUACGAAAAAGACCCACAGCAUGGACUGUUGCAACUAGUCGAGAAUAAGCAUCCGAAGACAGCUCGAGCUGUUUCGAUUCAUGCCGCUGUUGAGGCGAAAGUGGCUAAACUAAAACCAGUGUUUAAGAACAAGAAUCCACGCUAUGUCCCCGUGAAGCGUGGUUUGCGCCGGUCGUUCGAGGCACGGAACUAUAACAUAUCGUCAGUGUGGAGGAUUGCCAAUUCGUGGCCCAGUAGAAAUGAGAUUUUUCCCCAGAAAGAUGAAAGAAUUGGUAAGACAAUCAAGGCUCUGCAGGAAGCGGAUGUUCUCAAAACCAGGAACACUCCCCGUGGAACGCAGUUGAAACUCAUUUUUGAGCUGGCUGGAGGUCAGCUUGCUAUUUUCAAACCUAGCUGGUACGAACGGAACACAACCAUCGAUGGACAGGUUUAUUCCGGAAAAGAUAGACAUAACUCAGAAAUAGUGGCUUUCCAUUUGGCGGCUGUCCUCAAUCUUCGGUGGACACCGAUUGUUGUUGGUCGUCGUAUUUCACUGGUGGAAGUGUACCGUCUGGCGGAUGAUGAGUUACAAUCAACUAUGAUAAAGAAUGACACUCGCCAAUGUGUGUAUGGAAAAUGCCAUUAUUGUAAGGAAAGUGAAACAAUUUGUGACCAUCCGGAAACUGGUAUGGUAGAGGGUGCCCUGCUUCUGCUAAUACCGGGGAAAUUUGCGAAAUAUCGCUCACCUUGGCAGAGAACCUACCAGACCGGAGCGGCUGCCGAGUGGGAGAAGAACGAUUCGUAUUGCGUUAAAGUGAAAGAACAACUGCCAUUAGUUAGAAUAUUAGAUCUAAUCGACGUAGCUGUUUUCGAUUUUCUUAUACAAAACGGCGAUCGUCACCACUACGAGACACGGGACGAUCGUGUGCUGCUGAUGGAUAAUGGGAAAGGAUUCGGGAAUCCAUACACGGAUCAUUUUGAUAUACUGGCUCCACUGUAUCAAUGCUGCAUGAUUCGUCGUACCACAUGGGAGCGGUUGCAGAUUCUCUCCGGUGGCGCACUCACAGAAUCACUCCUAUCGUUGAACGUAAUAGAUUUACUUCAACCUUUGUUAACCAAAGAGCAUUAUAUUGGAAUUGAGAGACGACUAUUACUAGUAUAUGCAACUGUUGAGCUAUGUAAAGAGAAAUACGGUAGUAAAGUUUUAAAAUAGAGCAUCCGUGGUCUA